AUGGUGGCGGGCCCAGCCCGUGGUGCUUGCCGGGUUGUCCCGGGGGGCAGUGGGUCAGGACGGCGGCUGGUGGCCGGCCUGGGCCGUGGUAGUGUGGGGCUGUCCCGGGGGACUGUGGGUCAGGACGGCGGCUGGUCGCCGGCCCGGGCCGUGGUGGUGUGGGGCUGUCCCGGGGGGCAGUGGGUCAGGACGGCGGCUGGUGGCCGGCCCAGCCCGUGGUGCCUGCGUGGCUGUGCCGGGGGGCAGCGGGGCAGCCGAGCGAGGGGGACCGGCCAGCUCCCGGCGCGGAGCGCUCGCCUCCUCCGUGAGCGCCUAAAAUGUUCCUGGCAUGCGAGGCCAGGGGAGAUGCAGGGGGUGGGGGCGCGGCCGGUCCCAGCCCCGCUGACGGCGGCGUCGUUGCAGGUGCUGGCGGCGCUGCUGUGCGCGGCGCUGCUCCCGCUCCGCCCGGAGGCCGUCAAGGCGCCCAAGCGGCCGGCGCGGACCCGGACCUGCGGCGAGCGGCCCGAGGAGCUGCUGGAGCAGCUGUACGGGCGGCUGGCGGCGGGCAUGCUCAGCGCCUUCCACCAUACCCUGCAGCCCGAGCCGCCGGGCCGCCACCACAACGCCAGCUGCCCCGCCGGGAGCCGGCCGGCCGGCGACAAGAGGUUUCGGCUCCCCGUCAACCUGCGCAGCGCCUCGCCCUGGGCCUACAGAAUUUCGUAUGAUCCCACAAGAUAUCCUAAGUACAUUCCUGAAGCGUACUGUCUGUGCAAAGGCUGCCUCAUGGGGAUCUUUGGCGAGGAGAACUUCCACUUCCGCAGCACCCCCGUGUACAUGCCCACAGUCAUCCUCCGCCGCACGUCCUCCUGUGCUGGGGGCCGCUACGUCUACACAGAAGAUUAUGUCACUAUCCCGGUGGGCUGCACUUGUGUACCUGAGCAAGAAAAAGAGGCUGAAAGCGUAAAUUCCAGCAUAGAUAAGCAAGAAAUGAAGUUGCUGGUAAGCCAAAACAAGCCAUCAUCAGAAUGAAGAAUAUAUAAAGAGUCUUGUUAACAGUAUUGGCUUCCCAUCGUUGUUUCACCACCUCAGGAAGCUGCACCACAGCAGCAAACAAACACAUCAACUUACCCUCUUGCAGUUAUUUCAGUUGUAAGAUUGAAACUUUUGUCCAUUUGCUCAGAUCAUUAGAGAUGACAAUUCAUACUAAGAACUUCUUUAGUUCAUGUAAGUAUUUGUUACAAAUUCCAAUGUAGCUUUUUUUUUUCCCCUUAGAGCAGAACAUUUUAUCCUUGCUUAUUCACAGUACAUUUUAGAAGAUGAUGCAACUGUAAGACAUAGUAGCUAUUACUAUAGCAGACUACUGGUUGUUGAUAUUUUUAAGGAGUCUUUUAUACUCUACUUUUAAAUACUCAUAUAGAAACCACAUAGCUGCCGUACAUGUGCCAGAUCAGCAGUUAAAAGGAUAACUUCUCAUGCUGGGAGAGCCUUCCCUUAUAUCAUAUAUCUCAACCCCAAGCACUGUUCCUGGCUGUUACAUCUUUGCUAUUUGUAUGCUACAGCAAGGAAACCUUUGCUGAGUUUGAGUUAUUCAUGAAACAAUAUUCUAUGAGUUUGCUAUUUUUAAACUUGCCAAAUUGCUACAGGGACAAAAGUGUUGAGAAAAAACGUGCUAGAAUAUUGUAAAACUGAUGUGGACUAAGUCUAAUUGCACAGAAAAUAUCAAUUAGAAAAAAUGCAGUUUGGGACCCAAGAAUUCUGUAUUAGAUGUCAUUCAUCAUUAAUUGCUUAACUGUUCCUUGUGACAAAACUGUAUUCUGUACAGUUGAAAAGACAAAAUCUUUUCCAUAUUAGGAAAGGAGUAAACAGGCUGGGUCUUAACUCCUAGAUGCUACAGAGGUCACUGGUUGUCCCAGCCAAUCCAAAGUUUUAAAAUCCAACCGAUUUAUACAAUUAAUUAUUAUAACUAAUUGUUACUUAUUUUUCCCUAUGCUACACAUAACAGACAAUCAGCUGCAAAAAAUGCUAGCCUGCGGAAGAGCACUCUUCCAUCUUUUCAGCUGAUAGGAACUUGAUGGCAAGCUCUAAACAGAAACCCCAGAUAAACAAAAGCUUGCAUUUCCAGAACAAACAAAAACUUGCAUUUCCAGAACAAGGAACUGAAGGUUGACUGAGUCUAGUGAAUGAUAAUCAGGAAUAACCAGGGAUACCUUGCAUGACCAUGACUCCUCAGAGGGCCACAAUUACCGAAGUCGGUAAGUCUCUGAAUGAACAGCAGAGAAUUGCUUGUACAGUUGAAGGAUCAUGACUGCAAUAUCAUUACAAAAAAGAAUGAACACAACAUGCAGCAAUGUAUUUGGUGCAUCAAGAAUCUCAAAAAUUUACUUAAUCCAUAGUGAAUGAAGUCCCUAUGCUACACAAACACAUGCUCCUUUUGGAGCGUCAUUGGAUGAAGAAUGGAAAGACUAUGAGCUAAGCAGAAUUAACAAGUUAAAUAGAGAAUGAAAAUCAUAUGACAACUCCUUGUCUUGGUGCAUAAUUAUUGACUGUGCUCUUUAUGACUCAGUCUAGUAUAACAGUAUUUUUAUAGUGCAAUCUGUAUAGCUUCUUACAAAGCCUAAAACAUCUUUAAGAACUCCAGAAACCAAUAAAAGAUUCCCAUCACAACAUCAUAUUGAAGUUUAUAACCGUGUUUCUUGUGCAGAUGCUUUUCCACAGUUCCACUUGUUUUCAGAUCUGUGUUUCCUCAAAUUGUGAUGCUUCUUUCUCAAGGGGAUUCUCAAAGGAAGGUUCAAAGAAGGUCAUCAAGUGUUGAUACUAGUCACAGAACAGCUAAUUGCCUAGCUGCUGCCAGCAAUUACAGGUAGUUACCUGUUCCCUGGGGAAUGUAAAUACUUGCAGCAGUUACAGCCACUUUUCCUUCCUCCUAAUGUGGAAGAACUUCUCACCCUCUGGGAAGAGGGAAAUGGUAAUCAAAGACAGAGGUGCUCAAAAGGGAAGCAGACCCAAAAAAAGGGCGAAGCACUGCAUUGGAUGAUGCUUCAGCAGCCCAAGAUCUUACAGUUUCACUGUUAAAUUGUGGGGAUUUUUCUCCACACACACACUUCAGAUGGGGUGAGGUUGUACCUUCAGGCUCCACAGCACAGAAAGCAAAGUCUUCACAGUAAAAGGCAGUAAAAAACCCCAACAACAACAUAAAAUCCCAAACCACAUGGCCCUUACCCUUUAGUGAAUACCAAGAAGGGCUACCAGCUGAAGCUCUGGCUAAACACUGCCCUCCAGCAAAACUCAUCUGUCUGCCCACACACUUUUGUUGUACAAAUUUGUCUGCAACAAAUUAGUUACUAGAGCACAUGGAUUUAUUUGCAUGAUGUGGAGAAAAAAAAAAAUCUCACUUUUUGUUGCAACUCUCUUGUCCCACAGGCAUAAAUCAUGGAGUCAGUUUGAGGUUUUCAAGUAACUAGAGCAUAUUCUGGGAAUUCCUGGGAGUUACAGGCUAAGAUCAGGUAAAUGGAACACAAUCGGUUUUGCCAAUCCAGAAAAACAGAUGCUUUAACUUACAUAUAGCUUCAGGAAUUGGAUGACUGAAAGGAAAGUGUUAGCAAACUGCAAAACCUCAGUGGAUCAGUAGAUGAUGUAUGUUGGCGACCUCCUUCUUGUCAUACUGCAACAAGUGCAGAAAGCUUCCUGUAGUUACAGGCAACCUCAUGUUAUCUCAUUCAGAAGCCCAUUUUCCUUUUUUAAUCCUCACCCUCUUCUGUGACAGAUUUUUUAGCUGAGCCAGUUUGCUUCCUGGUCCAGCUUUCCAGUUAGGUGUCUCUUAAAAGCUAUGUUUAUGUUUUAACGUGAACAACUGUUUGAUGACAAUUUGUUAGUGAACAACUGUUUGUAGUACUUAACAUCAAGAACUAUUAGCUACACAAACAUUUGUUAACCUUCAAAAUAUCCUUCCAUUUAUAAACCCUCUCCACAUUACUCAUGUGGAAAAGGUUGAGUACUAAAUGUAGUUAGAGUUUGUUUGGAUUUUUUUUUUAAGAGAUCAUCACAUCAUGGAUUUAUAUCAGUUUCACUUCAACUGUAGUGUGACAUUUUCCAGCUUCUAGCCCUCUGCUUACAGCUGCUGCAG